AUGCCUGCGACGAGUCUUGCACGAAGCACCACUCGAGUUGUCUCCAGCUCCCGAAGCAUAGCAGUGAAGCAACGGCAUCAUGGGACACGCUUCCUCAGCACCAAACCACAAAUACACCAUGAGCACCGAGCCUGGCAGAGACCGUCUGCGGCUCUUCUAGCUGCUGCUGCCACUGUUGCCUUCAUUUACUCAACAUCAUUCCCGGAUGUCCAAGCGGAAGCUGCGGAGCAGCCACCCGAGUUAGUGUUCGAGAAGAUCAAGAAGUCCAAGAAGGGAGCCUCGAAAGAAGACAAUCGCAACCUCAUCAGUUCGCAGCACACACAAGUCAAAAGGAGCUGGGAGAACCCUGGCGUCUAUGUUUGGGGCACCAACUCUGGCCGCGUUGCGGCCCCAGACUCUGCCGAAGCAUACAUCCGCACACCCCGCCGCCUACCUUGGUUUGACGAUGUACUCCUCCGAGACCUGAAGCUCGACCGACAAUUUGGCGCCGCCAUUCUUGAGAAUGGUGACCUGGUUCAAUGGGGCAAAGGUUACUCCCCAGAGUCGACCUCCCCUUCCGUGACACUCAAAGGCAAGGAUCUCAAACAGAUCCAGAUCUCCCGUGACCGCAUUAUUGCUCUCUCCAAGUCAGGUCAAGUCUAUUCCAUCCCAGCCUCCAAGACCGACCAAGAAGAACAACCAAAAGUCUCAGAAUCCUCCUGGAUCCCCUUCUGGGGCGGCACAUCACACAUCUCCUACCGCAAAAUAUCUCCCCAACUGGGCUACUCCGAAAAGAUCACCUCCAUCUCCUCUGGUCUUGAGCAUGUCCUGCUUCUUACCUCUUCCGGUCGCGUCUUCUCCGCCGCCUCAAGCAUGGAAGGCUUCCCCUCUCGCGGCCAACUCGGCGUGCCAGGUGUGACUUGGCUCACACGACCCAGCGGUCCGUUCGAUAUGCCACAUGAGAUCACCACCCUCAAGGGCUUCGAAAUCACCGGCAUAGCCACGGGCGACACCCACUCGCUUGCUCUAGACCGCGAAGGCCGCGUCUUCGCAUUCGGCGACAAUUCCUCCGGCCAAUUAGGCAUGUACUCCGGUAGCGAAUCACCCUUUAUUGACGUCCCUUCCCUCGUGCCCACCACGAAGAUGUAUCCCCGCGACGCCAACCAGACCGCUCGCGUCACCUCCAUCGCCGCCGGCGGCCUGAACUCCUUCUUCACCGUAGAUGCAACCCGCAUCGCCGGCCAAGAUGAGGAUCCCCGUGCUCUCGGCAACCUGCUGGGCCGUGUCACGGCAGACACCUUCGCGUGCGGUCAAGGUCUUCGCGGAACACUUGGCAACGGCCGCUGGACGCAUAUUCAGGACUCGCCCUCUCGCAUCCCCACCCUGUCAGGCCUCUUCGAGUACGACGAGAUCAACAAGAAGACCAUCCCCAUCCGCAUCGCUUCCAUAUCCGUUGGGUCGUCGCACGCCAGUGCGACACUAGACAACGUCACAUACCUCGAUGCUUCGGAACAUUCAGGCAAGAACGAUACGAAUUGGGGUGCGGACUGUCUGUGGUGGGGUGGAAACGAGCACUACCAGUUAGGGACUGGCAAGCGGAAUAAUGUGGCGAAUCCGGUGUAUAUCCGGCCACUAGAUAUGGAUGCGGAGGUGCAGGCGGGAAGGAAAGAGGAGCAUCGCUUUCAUGUCACGCCGAGGAGUAAGGUUGUGGUGAAGGGGAGGAAGGUGAAUUUGGAGCAAAGGGUGGAGUGUGGGGGGGGCCUGAGCGCUGUUUAUAGUCGUGUGUGA